UAUUUUCAAGGUGUUAUUUUAACCCCCAAAUCAGGGGUUACAAAAAAAAGUCUAAAAUAAUCCGUUUUUUGUGGUUAAAAUACCAUAAUUCUGGGUUAAAAUUUAACCUCAUUUCGGGGGUUAAAAAUCUUGCCCGCCCACCACUGCACCCUCCUACCUUAAAUCCGGCUUAGCGGCCUGGGGCUGACAACUUUGGCUUGCGAAAUUACUUUUCAAACUGGUUUCGCAUCGUUUGGCCGUGUUUUGCAGCAUCCAGGAAUUGGACCUCCGAUCGUCGGGAGUGACUCAGGCUGCGCACACACUGUGACCACAGAGUAGAUACAUAUACAGAGUUAUAACUAGUGUAGCCACUUUUUGUGCGCAUACUCAGCAAGUUACUAGUUGCAUGCAUCUCAUUGGAUGGCGAUCAUAGAUAUCUUAUAUCUACACUAGAUAGCGCAUCUCUUUUAGUAAAAUUGAAGCCAAGAAUAUUCCAGCGGUUACCCCCAAUUGAAUAGAUGGCGGCCAUGCUGGAGUUUCCCACUCGCUAAUAAACGCUUAAAAAAACAACAAUAACUUUCAUUAUUUGAAUAGUUUGAAAAUGUAUGUGGAAUAGGUUUAACUUAAUGUUUAAGUUCCCUGUUUAAGAAUUAGAAAACAUACGAGUCUUCUCAUUUCAUGGGAAUAUCUGCAAUCACGGCUUCAAUCUUUGAAUUGCAGAAUAAUUAGGUGCACUAUCUAGUGUAUAUAAGAUAUCUAUGAUGGAGACUCGCUUUAACUGCUCGCGGAACUUGCCGAGCACGCGCAGUUGAUCAUUUUUUGUCCGGUCUCCUGAAAAAAAGUGGGUACAUGAAAACGUAAGUUUCCGCAGUGUUUACAAUGGUCAGUUCCAGCAUAGGCAGCCCAAAAUGCGUGUUAAACGAUAUUAUGACUGCCUCGUACCCAGGCGCUUUAAUAAUUAUAAUACAUGAAGUAUUCUGGAAGGCGACGCGCGAAGAGGCUGUUGGGAAGGCAUUACAAUACUUCAUGUAAACUCGCCAUAUGCGCAUCACUGUUUUUUUUACAAAGAGACGCCUGGGUACGAGGCAGAUAUUAUGACAUAAUAAUAAUAAAUCGAUGCAUUCCACGAGCGCCACGCGCGAGGGUAAAAUUUAACACGCAUUUUUGGGCUUAUAUGGUUCCAGCUCUGUAUAUGUAUCUACCUUGCCACAGAGAAGAGAUAUACAGAGAGGAAACUCGCGGCAAAUUAUGUCACGCCAAUAUAUUCAGUCUAUUAACUAUAUAAAAUUAUAUUAAUUCUCUAUUUUAUUACAUUUUGACAAUGCAGAGGAAUAAAACUAUACAUAUUAUAGAAGUAUUCAUGUUUAUUUUUUAAGCAAGAGUUAUAUUUUGAGGAAUUUAUAUCAUUCGCUGCUUUGUUUUUUAUACAUGAGCAUCUAAAAUUCCCAGCCAGUGCAUUUCACGAUUUUAAUAAGGAGUAGAUAGGGAAAAAAAACUUUUGCAAAAUAAAAUGUUAUAUUAACACUUUUAAUAAAAGGAAAUCAAUAAAAAUAAUUUAUUGAACAACAUUUCCAUGGGUAUCUCAUUUUUUUUUAAAAAAAGCGAUUUUCACCUUUCGAACGGCGUUUUCCCUAUCUUUUGCUAUGAAAUUUCUGCGAAAAUUUUGGGGAAUUUUGCGUGGCGCGCGUGAUACAAAAAUUGAGGUUAUUAUCGAGUAUCAGUCUCCUUUCUGUAUAUCUCUCCUCUGUGACCUUGCUUACCUUGAAUUCUAUUGAGAAUAAAAUUUUAUAUUGCAUUUAUGUUGCGGAAACAGACCAUGUGAGGAUUGUUUUUUGUGAAAUUUGUUGACUAAAACUUAACAAAAAAAGACUAUACGGACUGCUAAACUUUUGGCGUUUGUCCAUAUCUGUUCUUGGCCGUUCUUGUUGCUUAAAGCUUUUCUGAAAACGUCGAGAUUCGGUAAGUUUCUUUAAAUAUUUUACAGUUUUUACAAGGCAAAAGGCAUGUUUUGAACAAAAACUAUAACAUUGAAUAACAUUGUCACCUGGUUGUUGAACGUUUAGCUCGUACGAUUUAGGUUUGAUGAGACUAAAAAAAGCAAUCCGCGUUGAAACACAACCAAUCGUAUAUAAAUAAUAUUGUUUGUGGAAACACCACGUAUUAAAAUUUAUUACUGCAAAGCUUUCGAUCCGUAAAGUAAGUGCUAAUAAUAUAGCACUGAUGAAGAUCCGGGCUUACGGAUCGAAAGCUUUGCAGUAAUAAAUUUACGUGGUGUUUCCACAAACAAUAAUAUUAUAUGUUUUAUCGCCAUGCAAACCUACAAAAAACUUACAACCAAACUUGUUAAUAUUUGUAUAUUUUGAGCUUUAUACUGCCCUCGUUACUGCCUGUUGUCAGAAUAAACCGAAAAACUCCUUUCAUAUUCAUUGUCUAUUUAUCUUACUAUUAUCGAAGACAACAAUAUAUUAACGAAUUUGUGUUCGUAUGUUUUGAAAAAGUGCCUGAAUUCCUUUGCUUUUUGAAAACAGAAAUCCAACAGAAAGUAUCAUAUUUUGUAAUAUUAAAUUUCGCUGUCUAGUACACGGGUAUACACAAGCAAAUUAAAAGGGAAUGAGAAGUUUCGAACAGAUAUACUUUGUCGAUGUUUAAUUCUAUUUUGGAUUAACAAUGAGACUAAUCAUUCCAGCCGUUCCCUCUAAGGGGGCUCUCAAGAGGGAAUGGCUGGAACCGAGCCUAACAGCAAAGCCGCUUUGAAACAAAAACAUUUGUUGUAUAUUAUAGCAUACUUAUACGGUCAAAAUAUGCCAAAAAAUUCCUUGCCCAUAUCCAUGCUUAUUUUUCUUAAUAUUAUGGAUCUCAAAGACCAAAAUAUUAGCGAAUUUUUGAUCCUAUACGAUUUGAAAUAGUGCACCUUAAUUAAAUUCCCUUUGUUUUUUAACACCCCUCUGACACCAAGGGGUAUUAAAAUAACACUCCUUGGAAAUAACAGUGUAGGUAUUUAAUUUCGCGUGUGUAAAUUUCGACUAUAACGUUUUCCGUUUAAUGGCCUGACACUGUCAGACCCGAAUUUUUGUCUCUGUAUCAAUGGAAAGAACUAGCGAAAAUGGACCUCGUUCUAAUUUUAUAUAAAUUUUCCGGUCAGAUACCGUAUUUACUCGUUUGAGCGCCGCCUCCGAUUGAGCGCCGCCCCCGAAAGAGCGCCGCAUUUGAGAUCAUAUUUUUUUAAAGAGCGCCACCCCCGAAUGAGCGCCGCACUAAACAGUGUAAUAAUUUUCCACCGUCAAAUGGGGACAUUUAGUGACAAAGACAUUCAAAACUUGUUUAUUUUAUUGUCAAAAGUUCUUGAUAUAAUUCACAAAUAAAAGAUGUUUUUAAAGAGCGCCGCCCCCGAUUGAGCGCCGCCCCCGAAUGAGCACCGCAUCUGAAGCUCUGAAAAUUUAAAGAGCGCCGCGGCGCUCAAACGAGUAAAUACGGUAGGUCCAAAGCUCAAACGUUUUGUGUUCCAUUCAACAAAUUGACCGUUCUGACCGUGUUUAAAUGGAAAGCGCCCUAAGGUAUUUAAUUUCGCGCGUGUGUAAAUUUCGCGAGGUCUUUUAUUCGCUUGACGCGAUUCGACAACGCGACGCGAUUUUUUAGUUUUUGAAAGUUAAUAAAACAGCCAAUGAGAACAAAUUUUGAAAGAUAUGUAGACCAAAUAACUCAAAAUGUUAUACCGCUUCUAAAUAUUUGGAAAAUUUAAACUCGAAUCAAAGUUAUCGGUCAGUGAAAAUCGAAAAAUCGCGUCGCGUUGUCGAAUCGCGUCCAGUGUGUCUGGACCUUUAGUAGAUAUGAAGUAACUAUAAAUAACUAAUAUUUUACAAGAAAAACAUUCUAUCAGACGCUAUCAGUUUUGACUCUUCGAUUCCAAGAAGCUCAACGUUACCAAUUUCAGAACCAUCCUCAGAGAUAUGAAAAACCAGUUUCGUAUUAUUCUCAAUUUCAUAUUUUCAGUUUCAUAUUAUUAUAGUUUCAGAAUGUUAUCAAGUUGACUAAUAUACGCGUAAAUAAUUUAUUGUUUAUUGCAGAAGCCAUACUGAGAUGUUCUUAUGCCGCCGUAUUAUAUUAUGUUAUACGUAAUUUAUACACAAGAACCUUUGGAAUCAGGAUAAUCGAUGAUAUAUAUGCAAAUUAGUAACUUAAGUGUAGAAUACUCUUGUCGGUGACAAGCACCCGGCGUAGUCAGAACUGUUUAUUCAACGUGAACAAGGACCAUGACAUCUCGAAGAAAGCUUAUCCCUAUUUUCAUCGCUCUUUCAUAUGGAAUGUUAACUGUUGUCUAUGUAAGCGAUGAAAAUAAUCUACAAAGUGAUAUCCAGCCAUAUAAAGGAUUUCCCUCAUUGUGGAAAAAAGACAUUCAGAUACACGAUAUGGUUGACACACAACAGAAUGCGCUUCAUCUUCAGAAUGAAUAUUAUGGAACAGGUUGUCAAGAGAACCCUUACAGAGAAGGUCUUCAAAUUUUACUUCAAACUUGGAACCUCAUAGCUGAACGUAGAAAUAUUAGCAAGUUUUUUAUCUGUUUUGGUUCCAUGUUAGGUUCUCUACGCAACGGCGAUAUUAUACCUUUAGAUACCGACGCAGAUAUUUGUAUGUUACGAAAUGAUUACCAUAAAUUAUACGCUGAAGAAUCAAAGAAACCUCUGGACUUGAAUGAUGGAAAGAUUCACUUGCUUCUUCAAAAACAUUCUCCACACCCUCAACCUCAUACGCCUCGACAGGACUGUUAUGGUAAAAUUGUCAGAACGACUACCGAUGAUUGUUCAAUACUUGACCCGCACGCUCGACUAUACAUUCACACUAAAAUAUACCUGGAUAUUUUCAUGAUUGAAACCCAUGGAGAUGUUUUAUGGGAUGAAUACAGAAACGUAUUUCACAAACGAGAAGUUUUGUUUCCAUUAAAGUCAUGUUCGUAUCUUGGAAUAACUUCAAAAUGUCCCAGAGAUCAUUCGACGUAUUUAACAUCAUAUUAUGGCAAGAACUUUAUGGCGCCUCUCACCCUUUGCAAAAACGGACGCUGGGUUCCCAAUGUGGAGCCUAAUGGUACUGCUAGAAUUUUUCUUCUUGCUCUUAUCACGUGUCUAGCACUAUUAUUCCAUAAAUGCAAGUCACAAUUGUAUAUACGCUUAUUACAUGCAGUAAAACUGUAGAUAUACGCUUCAAAAACGCACUAAUAAUUCAGCAUGAGGAAAACGCAAAGAAAAAUCAUAAGCGUGUCGUAUCUUUAUAUGUGAUAGAGAUUUCCCUUGAUUUACAUAAACUUUAACUUUGAUUUUCUCGACCUACACAACGUAUUUUUUUCAAAUUACUUGACAAUGAACUUACUAGAUCGAUCGUUUUUGAAGCAAUUUAAAACAUUCGCAGUGCGUGUUUUAUCAGACCUAAAGAUACUCGGCUUUGCUUCGUAUCCUUAGGGCUUAGAUCUGUUUAACACUGUUUAACACGUAUCUUUAACACUACUGCUCAUGUUUUAAAUAGUACAUGUGAAACUCUACACUAAUAAUUCAUGAAGAAAACACAAAAGAAAUUAUCAGCAUGAAGGAGUGUGUAUAUAUCUGAUACAAAAUCAUGCUGAUUUACAUACACUUUAAGUUCAAUUUUCUCACCAAAUAUCAUUUAUUUAUUUUAAAUUGUUGAAGAAUAUGAGUGUUCGCAUCCGUGUUGUAUCAGACAUACAAAUUCGCGUCCGUGUUGUAUCAGACAUACAAAUUCACGUCCGUGUUGUAUUAGACAUACAACCUCUCGCCCAACCGUUCCUGCAGUUGUCUUCAUUAAAGAUGUUUUGCAUGUACAUUUACAUAAAAAAGAUAAACACCUCAUCCUUAAUUAUUUUUUAAAAAUUUUCUUAUGAUUUUUGUAAUUUCUCAGAAAGCAUGCAUGGUAUUGCUAUGAAAAUUUCAUUGGCAUUACGUUAUUGUUGCUAUUUAUAUCAAUGUCAUUCAGACAUCAGAGUGUACCUAAUGUCAAAAGACACGAAUGUCAUUCAUUUAAUAACAAGUCUCGAUAUUUUACAAGAAAGAUCUUGUUCACCUGUUUCUCCAGUUAAAACGAUCUCUUUUUCGCCUUCAUUUAUUGUUCUAUUGAUUCCGCUUUUCUCUGCUUCAACAGCAAAAACUGUAUUAUUAUCGUCUUCAUCGCCACCUAUAAUUUCCACUAAGUCUUUCCCGCCAAAUUGUUGUUUGGGAAACAAUGAAGGCAGUACUUCCACUUCAUGAAAUUUUUCAUUUUCUGAAUCAGUUUCGUUUUUCCUUACACUUAAAUUGGCUUGCUUCGUAUUUAAAACACGUAAUGUCUGAUACACCGUACCUUUUUCACCAUGUUCCAACUCACCUUCACAUAAACUUGCCUUUUCAGAACAUUUUAUAGCAUUUUGCUGAAUCAUUUCUUCUUCAACUUCAGUGGAAUCACCAUCUGUGCUAUCGUUACUUUCCGUUUCUUCAUCGUCGUCUUCCGUUGAAUAUUCGGACGAACUCGAUUCGGAAUCUGCGGUAUGGUCUUUCUCUUCAUUAUAUACAAGAAUAGCGGCUGUUUCCAGUUCCUUUAGGUCCCAACCAAUUGAUUCUUUUC